AAAGAAAUUGAGGGACUUUAGCUAUAUCGGUUUAGGCGGGAAAUUUUGCUGUGUCCGAUUCUUUGUUGGAAACUUUAUUAGCCCUGUUUAGACGAGUUUGAUUUAUGAAGGGAAAGUGAAGAUUUCAAAAAAGCCCAAGCAAUAACAUGACAGAAGAAAGAGCACACAAGGAGAUAGCAACGUCUUUGAAGGACGAACUUUCGUUGCUUAGCAACACGAUAGAGCUGAAAGAAACCACCCUUAACGAAGCUUACAGCCUAGUAGAUUGUUUUAAUGCAGAGGUGCAGUUAUGUUCAUACAAGGGCCUGAGUGAGAACUUGAGAAGCUGGAGUCUAAGUUUUGCCUUGUUUGCCUCUUGGCGACAAAAUGACCCUUUAACUUUUAAACAAAUGGAGCAGGCUAACUUAGACAUCUUUCAACUUCUUUCUGUCUGUAGGAAACUUUCCAAUUCCUUUAAAGAAUUCGAUAAUUAUGCAGAACUGAUUUCAAUAGUUUAUCGAACACUCAGUCAAGAAACUUUGAUUCAACAGAAACUGUACGACAUUUUUCCAAAGCUAACAACAUCUGUUCGGAAAUACAGAGAUUUGGACUUCCUCGAGCAUUAUUCCAACCAGAUCUUUGACUUGAGUUGGAUUCUCCUUUUAUAUAUGAAAAAUCGUUUAAAACAGCAACAGUACAUUGACUGCAGUAUGGAAACAUCGUCCCUUUACAACCUUGCCAUCGCAACUUUCUGUAUUUUAAUUUUAGACAAGGGAAAGAAUGAAGGGUCGAACAAACGUCAAAAAAUUGUUCAUGGAGAAAUUUCUUUAUGUGAACUUGACUGGACACAAGUUAACGACAUAUGCCAAAUUGCGUCUGCCGUUGAUGAAGAUGUUAUAAAAUUCAUCCGUAUAAUAAGAAAACUUGUUCCAAGUGGAGUUUUUUCAAUGUUACCCAUCAAUUCCUUGUCAGUUAUUAACGCAUGCAGAGAGAUGCUUGUUGUCGACUACGAAAGUCUAAGAUUGGAUGAUUUGGGAACUAUUUCAUUUGACGAGUUACAGAUUUUUUGCUCUAUUCGAAGUGCUUGUAAAGGAAGCUCCUUGCAACCCGAAAAAGAACUACACGUCUUGGCUUCGUUGGCAUCGGGCAGUUUCACUGAGAGUUCUUCUGCACAUUACACAAGACUAGAAGAGUUGACCAAGUUGGCGAAACUUUAUUUUGGUGAUAGUACCAAGUUAGAUAUUUCCGCAAUUACAUCCAGUUUGACCGCGACAAAGUGGUUGCGGGAUAUUACUCGAAUGAGACCUGAAGUUUCUUUUGAGCAAAAGGAAGAUGAUAUCGAGUCAUCCACUAAUUUGAAACGUUUUUGCGACCUUUGUGGUUUGAAUACAUACAACAACGUUAUUGAUACUGCGUUUAAUAUAGUAUUUUCUUUCUUCAAGAAGAAUCCUUGGUAUGGAAACGAAAUUUUAGAAGAACGAAAGAAGGAGAUUAUUGGGCUGUACUUGCAUGUUUUAGAGAAAGUACUUUUGACAGAGGAAAGACGUCUUCAUAGGCAGAACUUUGGUAGUUUACUGGCGAACGAAUAUUUGCAUCGUUCUCUAAUUGCUUGCAGCAUAGUAGCUAGCUUAGCUUGCUAUGGGUGCCAGGAUCGAUAUUUAUUUAUAUCUGUUUUACGUGGAGUUGACAUCAGUCCAUUCGAGUAUACCAAGUCGAUUGGUAGUUUCGUUACUUCCAUUGAAGACAUUCCACGCAGUGUACAGAAAUUUCUUGUAAAAAUUGAAGAAAUAUCUGUAGAAAGCAUCUGCUGGCAAGACUCUUCUGUGGUUGAUUAUCUAGAAAGAUCUCUCGGAGAAGUACAGUUUCACGUUUCGUGUUCAGACACUUCUUCUUUUGGUCCAUUAGAUUUAUAUGAUAGUGCAGUUUCAGAGUCUAUUCCCUAUUCUGUACUUGUCUUUUUUCGAAAGUUACUCAGGAUUGCGAGGGAGAAAGUCCGAGACUUUUGUUUGAGAAUGGAAGUUUCGGAUGUUUUUGAAGAACUUGUUUUUAUUACUGUGAAUUACGCAUUGACAAGACAUUUUAACUUGCUUGUCAACCGCCAUGUUGACGUGAUAGUUAUGUGUGCGUUAUAUGCGGUCUCGAAGAUAACCAAGGAACAACUGAAGUUCAACGACAUUGCAGCUUUUUACAGGGACAUUUUUCAAAGGAAGGCGAAUCACUUAUUUGACAUUGAAGAAAAUUUAUCUCGCGUGUAUUUAGAAGGGCAUCAUUAUGGAGAUAUUAUUGAAUUUUACAAUAGAGACUUCAUCAAACACUUUCGGAAUUUCCUUUUAGAGCAUUUAAAAGCGAUAUUCGAAGAACGAAUGAAAGCCCGCAGUGACAAAAAUGAGAAGAAUCAAGGUGAGCCAUCGACACCAGUACGGUCUUUACACUCCAAAACUGGACAGAGUCCUUCUGGUUCAGAUUCAGUAUUUUAUACUCCUUCUCCAAGUGUCCGAACUUCACCUUCGAGGAAGAUAGGUAAAGUUACUAUUUCACCCAUGUCACCAGAGGGCAGAAGACAAAUGGCACGGAGGACUCCAAUGACCCCCAAAACAAAGUCAUUAUAUGCUUUUGGAGAGUCUCCUAGUGGUAGUACAGUACGUAAUUCGAAGUCGCUCAGUAGUGAAACUGGAGUCUCAGGAAUCGAUGAGAAUUUGCAAGGUGCAAAGCCGUUAUCUUUUAACUGUGGCGCUUUUGGUAGAUAUAAUAGUUUAGUUCCUAUCCUGAUCACAUCCGAAGGAAGACCUCCUCUCCCUCCUCAGGAACGAGGGUCUUCUUAAAGAAAUAGUUUGACACUGUUUCACAACUAUUUGUUUGCCGUUCUCAUAGUGGGAUUAGUUUUCGCGUCGUUCUACGAAUAAACAAUUUUAGUUACUA